AUGAACAAGAGGACGCUUGUGGCUGUGAUAGUUGUUGUGCUGUUGCUGGUGAGUGGGGCUGGGGCUAGGAGAGGGGGGUCCAGAGGAGGGUAUGGGAGGAGGUCCAGGUCUUCUAAGAGGUCAGGGUCCAGGUCGACUGGGGUGUGUAGUGCAGGGUCGGUGAGUUGUGUGCUGGUGCCUGUUUUGUGCAUUCCUGCUUUUGUGGUUUUGCUGUGUGGGAUUUUGUGUUGUUGGAAAUCGUACAAAAAGAGUAGAGAAAGAAAGCAGCAGGAGAUGAUACAGAAGGCAGAGCAAGAUAGGCUAAGGAAAGAAGGAUUGGAGCAAGCUCAGAUAGAGGAAGCAUCUAGGUUAGAGAAGUUGCAAAAAGAGCAAGAAGAUCUGACCGGUUUUCAAAAUGAUAUUUCCUAUAACUCACAUGGAGAAUCACAGCAACCUCAAUUCAUAAUGCCUGGCACUGCUAUUCAGCCCACCUACAAAAUAGUAAAUCCCUAUUCUGGCAGCCACAAUCCUCAUCCUACCCCCAUAAUCUAUGACCCCUCAACAUAUGGAGUUCAAUACGAUACUCACAUUCAACUUCCUCAGCAAGACCAAUAUGGCCAUGCACAUAAAGAAAGUGUGGCUCUCCAAAGCCCCACUGGGUACCUCAAUGAUCGACAGAAAAUAGUCCCCGUUGGCAACACAGAAGGGUCUCAGAUCUGCCUUAUAGCUUAGUUUUUAAAUAAGUUUCUAAAGGCACUAAAUCUUACCUCAAAUUUUCUCAGUCUUUCAGACACAAGCAUCUGUUGCACAAGAGUGCAGGAUUCUCCUAUAUUAUACCUCUCCUUCCCACCUCUCCCUCAUCUCCCCCUCCAAAUUCCUCCUUAUUCACUCCUGACCAAAACU